UAGAAGCAUGGUUAGUUGCGUCAGUUCGUUCGUUUGGAACGGAUGUAUUUUAACAGUAAGAUUUAAAGUAGUACGAGAUACGAAGGAAAUUAAAAAUGCAGACGUUACUGCUGUUCACCAUUAUUCUACUUUCCAGUACGAUAACCGCGACGGUUAUAGAAGACCGUCAUCAUUGGCGUAGAAUAGCGAUGGAAGAUUUGAAAAAGUCUCUUUCGUAUAAAUGGAAUACAGGUAAAGCGAAAAAUGUUAUAAUCUUUGUCGGUGAUGGUAUGAGUCCCGACACGAUAACAGCCAGUAGAAUUUAUCGAGGUGGUGAAACAAGUCAUCUCACCUGGGAAAGAUUUCCGCAUGUCGGUUUGCUGAAGACGUACAAUACGAACAAACAAGUACCGGAUUCAGCAUCCACGGCAACCGCAUUAUUCGGGGGAGUUAAAACUAAUUACAAAGUUGUUGGCGUCGAUGCGAACGUCGAAUUAGGAGAUUGCGAGGCCAGCUUAAAUGAAAGUUAUCACAUUGAUUCUAUAAUCUCUUUGGCACAAGCUUCGGGCAAGGCUACAGGAUUUGUAACGACUACUAGAGUGACUCAUGCAACCCCAGCACCGUUAUAUGCCCAUUGUUCUGAUCGACGAUGGGAAUGCGAAGCAAAGAUACCAAAAAAUAUAACUGCUUGCAAAGAUAUUGCGAGACAGCUUAUAGAGGAUGAACCUGGUAGGAACAUCAAGGUAAUAAUGGGUGGCGGUAGACAGACCUUAAAGUCAAACGUAAAGCCUGGUAAAUACGAUCCAAUCGACACGUGGGCUUGUUACAGUACUGACGGUCGAGAUUUAAUAAGGGAUUGGGUAAAGGAUAAACGAAGGAGAGAUCUUUCCUACGAAGUAGUCGAAAAUAAUGAACAAUUGUACAAGGUAGAUACAAAUAAGGUCGAUUAUUUGCUUGGUGUAUUCGCUAAUGGUCAUAUUCAAAUGGAUUGGGAGAGAGAGAAAGGUCCAGAAGGACAACCAAGUUUGGAAGAAAUGACCGUAACUGCUUUGAAGAUCCUUCAGAAAUCGACUAAUGGUUAUCUUUUGAUGGUCGAAGGUGGAUUGAUCGAUUUCGCUCAUCAUCGUGGACAUGCCGCUCAAGCUUUACGAGAAACCGUUCGUUUCUCGGACGCCAUUAACGCUACUAUUAACAUGAUUGAUACUAAAGAUACUUUGGUUAUAGUAACUAGUGAUCAUACUCAUUCUAUGAACUUUAAUGGUUAUAGCGAUCGUGGUUCAUCGAUUCUAGGUAUUGCACAAAAAUCCAAAUACGACGGGAUACCUUACACGACCUUAACUUACAGCACUGGUGGUCCAAAUAAUGCAGCUUACACGAUAUCAAACAAGACUAAUCUUUUAACAAGAAUCGAUCCUUCUACUCAAAACACUACAGAGUUUAAUUAUAGUCAACAAGCUACUAUAGUGUCCGACGAAGCUUAUCACGGAGGAGGAGAUGUAGCUAUUUAUGCUAUAGGUCCAUCGGCCCAUCUUUUCCAUAGCGUACACGAGCAGAAUUAUGUUGCCCAUGUGAUAAUAUAUGCUGCUGAUCUUGGAAAUUAUUAUACGAGUGGUAGCGGACAAAAUGCAAUAUCUAAUAUUUUUUUCUAUUUCUGUUUACUUCUACUUACUUUUACGUUGCUUACUAUUACUAUUUUUACCGUACAUAGAUAACUACUAUUUCAAUGACAUAGAAAAAACAAAGAUAGGCGAUAAAAGGUAAACCCUGCAGUAUUUUUCAUGAAUUCAUUUACUAUCUUUUUCUUUAUUUUUUUCUUCCUUCUUUUCUUUCUUUCUUUUUUCUUUUUUUUCUUUUUUUAACUUUUAACUAAGCAAUGAAAACUGCGAUAACAGAAAAUGGUAUAUUUAAAAAGAAGUUUAUUGUAUACGCCUAUAUGUGUGUGGAUGUAUACAUAGAUAUAUAUAUAUAUAUAUAUAUAUAUAUAUACAUAUAUAUACAUACACAUAUGUAUAUGUAGACAUCCACAUAUCUAUAUAUAUAUGUAUAUAUGUAAUAUAUAUAUAUAUAUAUACACAUAUAUAUAAUAAAAUCUAUUUUUAUUAUAUUUAAUUAAAUGCUACUACGAGCGCCAAUCAAAUAUAAUCUUACAAUCGCAUCCAUCACAGUUCCAUAGUCAAUCUUCUCCGGUCUUGCAUGCUCAAAACUUUCUGUGGAUCCUUAUAUAUAUAUAUAUAUACCAAAUAAA